UUCCUGCUGUAGUGUUUCCAAGUGGAUAUUUCGGAAUUGGUGGUUGAAGUCGAGGCUCGAAAAUCAACAGUCAGUUGAUGAACUGACUUCGGCGUCUCUGGUUCUACGCUGGUUUCUUGAAAAAUAGUUCGUUGAAGCAUAGGUACUGAUCUGCGAUUUCCGCGUCAAACCAAAUGGUGAACGAGAGUAACCUCUCGUGCGCAAAGAGUUAAUGUUCACCCAGACGCAUCGAUCAAUGACGUGUGAGAACACGUGCUUCAAGUGUCAUGCUUUUAUUCUGCUCUGACGGGAACUUGCUGAUAAGUUCAAUUAAGCGCCUCGUCUAGAGGGGUUCGACAUAACACUGAUAGCUAAUUGUGUAGAUUAACUCGCACCAACAAUGCAUAAUUGAAACAUGAGACAUAAAAGAUUACCCGCCGAACGGAGGGCACCGCAACAAACUUGAAUCCGGAUGCGCAUACAUCCCUCGUGGCAAAAAAAAAAAAAUGAUUAAACAGCCAUUAUUUAACGAAACGAAAAGUGCCGUUGAAAAGAAGAACGAAACGACACGGCAAUGUGCACACGAUGAAUGAUGACUAGCGUAAACAAUUUGUCUAUUGAAGUCUUAGUUGCAAUCAAACCGCCGCCACUUGCACACUUUCGCAAAAGCCACACAAUCCGCGCGCGGGGCAACAUAUGCGCACACAAUCCGGCGUUGUUAAUCACUUUCCCUUCUGUUCGCCAACAAAAGCUGGAACGCAGGGCCGCGAAGUAUUGCCCUGAUGUAAGAUCUAGUGUUAGUAGAAAGUGGCCAAGACGUUAGGACGUCAUCGUUGAUCCGUCACUAAUUCGAUAAAUCAUGCAAUGCAUUUAGAAUUGUUCAAACUGAUCCAACAAACUGACUUCAAUCAGUGUGAUUAUACAAUAUGUGCAUUCCAGAUGUGUGUUAGAAAAAAAUAGUGUGAGUUCGUGCUAUUGGUAUUGAUGAAAGUGUCAUAGCAAACGAAACAACAAAAAAAAACCCUGGGAGUUGACGCCGCAGAAAACACGUUGGAAAAUGGACGAGCUGAACAACCUUCUUAAGACCGAUUUGCUAACAGCGGCCGGUUCCGCAGCGAUGGAGAUCGACGAGAACAUAAACCGCAGCGGCAUCGUUGCGUCAACAUUCCUCACGACAACGACAACAGCGGCCACGUGCUACCAGCGAUUCGCCAAAAGUAGAAGGAACAUUACCCAAGAUGAGUUCCCUUCAAUGCUUGAAGGCAGCGACAAGAGCCCUAUCACAUGUGCCACCACGCUAGCUACCGUAUACAGUCAAUCUUCAAACGCGAGCGGUGAAUUUUGUGCUAAGUCAUCAUCAUCAGCAGGCAGCUGCUGCAAUAGCUGUUGUGCGGCCAGAACGAUCAGCAAUGGAAUCAACAGCAAUAAUCCAACGGAAUUAGCAUGCGGGAAGCAGGACAGCUCGUACUACAAACUACGGCAGCUGCUGGGUUACGAAGAUGCGCCGAAGCAUCUCCAGUUCAACCCAUUCAUUCGCAGCGGGUACCGAACGAUACUGUCUACCAAGCUCUGUCUGGAGAGCAUAUUCUGGUUGACGAACGAAACCGUCAACAUCUGGAGCCACGUGUUCGGUUGUUUCCUGUUCAUCGGAUUGGCGUACUCAGAUGUUGUACUGCUGCAGAUGCACGCGAGCAUGAUCGACAAGCUGAUAGUCGGGGGAUUGCUCGUUUGUUUUCAGAUCUGUAUGAUACUGUCUUCUAUCUACCAUACUUUCUCCUGUAAAUCGGAGAAAAGUUAUGAGUGUUUUCUUGCGUACGAUAUGUUCGGAAUUGCCCUUUCGCUGCUAGCGAUAUUCAUCAGUGGCAUAUAUUACGCCUUCUGGUGUAAUGCGGCACUACGCAAUUUCUACAUCAUCACGAUCGGCGUAAUCUUCGCACUGGCAAUGAUCCUGCAAAUUCCCCGACUGAAGGUUCACUCCAACAUUAAAAUGCUAGCAUUCGUCUCGUGGGCGCUAUACGGCGUAGUUCCAACGGUGCACUGGUAUAUUGUAAUGGGUGGCGGCGAAAGCACCAUGGUCAAGUUAUUCAUUCCGCGUGUGAUGAUGAUGUACCUGCUGACGGGGACGGCCUUCCUGAUCUACGUCACCAAAAUACCAGAACGAUGGUUCGUGGGGCGGGUGGACUAUAUCGGCCAUUCGCACAACUGGUGGCACGUAUUUGUGCUGGCGGCGCUUUAUUACUGGCAUAAUAGUGGUAUGAAAUAUGUUGAAUUCAGGAUGACUCACGGAUGCUCCGCCGGGGUUCAGUAUACCUGAGCACAGUAGUAGCACACGACGUAAGCAAAGCGUAAUUGUUUGAAAGAACACGAGAGAGAGACACACAAGAGACAACUAUUGCUAGUUUUGUAAUUGUAGGCUAGUUCCGCAACGUUAGACAAUUGUUAUGUAGAUGAAUUGAACGAUUUGGGCAGCAGCAGCGAUAAUCAUUGGUGGUGAGAGAUCGAUAACCAAUUCACCGUUUCUUCGUUAGAUUCGUUAAGUUGUUCAUAUCGAAACUAGAGUGACUCGACAUUCCAAAUACUACACUAGUAUUUACGCUGUAGCUCCACUUGUUGCCGCUCUAGUUGAAUAGAGCUGUAGAAUGAUAUGCUCAAUUAUACCAAGACAGCCGAAUCCUUAGACAAAUAUGACGGUUAGGAGUAGACUUUUAAGUAGUAUCAAUUGAAACCAAUCCGCAGUACAAUAUGUGAUCUAAGCUCGCUAUGAAUACUGACAGUAAUGUUUGUUUAAGUGUAAAAUGCAGGGGAAUUUCAAGUUAAUCCGUUGUAAUACAAUAUUUUACAUUUAUAUGGUUAGUAGCAAUAAAAUUUUAA